CCUCAAUUUAUUUCAAACUCGUUCUGUCACAGUAUGCCGUCAGUUCUAUUCAUUACCCUGCCCCCACCAUAGUCGGUACAAUCAUUCAUUUCUCUCGUCAAUCAUUCUUCUUUUCGCACUUUCUUGUUUCUACUGGUUUUCCCAUCACAAUCUUGCAAGACCGCCAAAAAAUGGAGACCAAUUUUCUCGGGGGCCGGCGAGGGCUUUCACCCGCCAUGAGUGCCCGGAAAGAAGAACUCGACGGGGACGACGGGGACGACGGGGACGAGGUGUUAGACGGCGAAGAAGAGGAGGAAGACGAAAGGAACGAAGAGGGGAGGACUGGGGACUUUCAUUUGUUGAAGAGGAAAAAGAAAAUAGAUCUGAUGAGUACGGUAGGAGAGUUGGGGAAGAGGGCCGGCGGGUCAAGUUCCGGCGGCGGAGGGGUGGCGCCGUCGGGUUGUCUGGUGGAGACGUGUGGCGCGGAUCUGAGCUUUGCGAAGACGUACCACAAGAGGCACAAAGUGUGCGAAGUCCACGCCAAGGCCCCAGUUGUCUUUCUCAAGGGCGUUCCCCAGCGCUUCUGCCAGCAAUGCAGCAGAUUCCACGAGGUUACAGAAUUUGACGAUUCAAAAAGGAGCUGCCGGAGGCGAUUGGCUGGGCACAACGAGCGGAGGAGGAAGGCGUUGUCUGAGAACCGUGGGGAGGGACCCAGCCGGAAGCAGUUCGGAGAGACUGCAUUGAAUGGCAGCGAGAUUGACCGAGAGAGAGGGCCCGUCAUCUACAGAAAUUCACCCCACAACAAUUUCCACAUUCAUUGACCAGGAACUUCCCUAAUCCCUACAGCGUUGCUUAUUAGUAAUUGCUUGCUCUCUUCUGUCAGUAUGAAGUUAACCUUCUUCUUUAAGAAUGCAUUGAACAAAGAUGUUCUGUUUUAGUAUCAUAAAAACAAUGCCGUCGGAAAAUGAUCUACAUAUUUGAAUUUUGCAGGUCUGAUCUGGUCUGAACUGGUCUGGUAAACGUUUGAUCUCUAUAUGUUUUGUAACUAUGGAAGUCAGGUCUGGACAUGUCUGAUCUGGUCCGUCUGAUCUGGUCCGAUCUGGGACCGAAAACAGCCCAAAAAGCAAAUGACCCUAUUUUGGGUUUAGCCCUCAAAGUUUACUUUCAGCGCUCAUUUAUUCACACUAUAUCUAUUGACC